AUGUUGUCAACAACCUCCAGCGUCUUGAAAAGCCUGCUCGGAAAGACAGCAGCUCUUGGUGCAGCCAGUGCGCGGCUGAAGCACACACUGCCAGAUUUGAAAUAUGAUUUUAAUGCUCUGGAGCCAUACAUCUCUGCAGACAUCAUGAAGCUGCAUUACCAAAAGCAUCACAACGCAUACGUGACAAAUCUCAACAUUGCUGAGGAGAAACUGGCAGAUGCUGUACAAAAAGGUGACCUGGGUGCGGUGAUCAGUCUCCAACCAGCCCUGAAGUUUAAUGGUGGAGGACAUAUCAAUCACAGCAUCUUCUGGCAAAACUUGAGCCCAAAAGGUGGCGGGGAGCCCGAAGGUGAUCUCUUGGAUCAGAUUAAAGAUGACUUCACUUCAUUUGAACGCAUGAAGUCAGAGCUUGUUGCUGCCUCCGUAGCCAUUCAAGGAUCCGGAUGGGGUUGGCUGGGGUACAGCCCAGUUAAUGGCCACUUGCGUAUUGCUACUUGCGCCAACCAAGAUCCCCUUCAAGCAACAACAGGUUUGAUACCCUUGUUCGGCAUUGAUGUUUGGGAACAUGCCUACUAUCUUCAGUACAAGAAUGUGCGGCCAGACUAUGUGAAUGCAAUCUUUCAUAUUGCUAACUGGAAGGAUGUGUCAGAGCGACUGGCAAAAGCUCGCUUGGCUUGA